AUGCUGAAUAUCAAACCAGGACAACACGGCUCCACAUACGGAGGAAACCCGGUGGCUUGUCGAGCAGCUAUUGAAGCCCUCAAGGUGAUUGACGAUGAGGGACUUGUUGAGAACUCGGCAAAAAUGGGCGAAUUGUUCAUGUCGAAGCUGCGGACGCUCCCAAAGGAAAUCGUGAAAACUGUUCGUGGACGAGGAUUGUUCAUUGCGAUCGUCAUUAGCGAAAAAUAUGAUGCCUGGACGGUAUGCAACCGAUUGCUGGCCAACGGAGUCUUGUCAAAGAACACCCAUGGGGAUGUCAUACGGUUCACCCCACCGCUUUGUAUCAACAAGGGACAAAUCGAAGAAGUUUUCGAUAUCAUUUCGAAGACAAUUCAACAAGUCGCCGCUGAGCACAAGUAG